AUGUCACCAGCAAAACCCAUCGGAACUAUUGUAGAUUACUUUGUAAGAGUUGAGUUUCAGCAGAGGGGUUCUCCGCAUAUGCACUGCUUAUAUUGGGUUGAGAAUGCUCCAAAAUUAGAUGAAGACAAGGACACUGACCAAGAACUUAGACAAAUUGUAUUGGACGUACAACAGCACAGCAAAGGACACUCAAAAUCAUGUAGAAAGAAAGGAACAGAAUGUAGGUUCAGUUUUCCUAGACCGCCUUCAGAAUGCACAUUCAUUUCAAGACAAUUAGAACAAAAUGUGGAUGAUUCAAGCAAUGAAUUAGGUAGUGUGCAGGCAAAGGAGAUUUUGUUGAAGGUGUGGAAUGAGGUAGUGGAUGAUACUAAUGCAUGUAAAACAACAGAGGAAAUAUUCAGCAAUAUUAACCUAUCACAGGAUUUGUAUGAAAAAGCACACAGAGUACUGAGCUCAAAAACAACCACUGUUUUGAAACGAAAUCCAACAGAAAUGUGGACAAAUCAGUACAAUCCAUGCCUGCUCAAGAGCUGGGAUGCCAAUAUGGAUAUACAGUAUGUAUUGGACCCCUUCAGCUGCAUUGUCUAUAUUAUAUCAUAUAUUUCAAAAUCUGAAAGGGAAAUGGGAAUGCUAUUAAAGCAAACUCAAGUAGAAGCAGCAGAGGGAAAUUUGAGUGCACAUGAUACCAUCAAGAGGGUAGGAUCAGCUUAUCUUAAUCACAGAGAGGUUAGUGCACAGGAAGCAGUAUACAGGGUGUGCAAUCUUAAGAUGAAAGAAAGUUCAAGAAAAGUCAUUUUCAUACCUGUGGGGGAAAAUCCAACUCGUUUGAGUAAGCCUCUUGCACAAAUAAAAAAGAAUCGGAAAGUUGAGAUGGGUGAAAAUGAUUUGAUUACAGAUGACAGUGAUGAUGAAGAGGAAAAUAGUAUGUGGAUGACAAACAUUGUGGAAAGGUAUGAAAACCGUCCUGAGUUAAAUCUUUUCCAUAAAAUGUGUCUUGCUGAAUUCUGUUCAGAGUACAGAGUGCUUAGUAAGUCUCAGAUUCCUAAGGGCAAAAAAGAUGGUGUGUAUGAAUUGAGAAAUGGAAAGGGUUACAUUCAAAAGAGAAGUAGAGGCAAACCUGCUGUUAUACGAUAUCCAAGAUUCAAUCGAGAAAAUGCACCAGAAAAAUUUUAUCAGUGCCUCCUACAACUUUUCCUCCCAUACUGGAAUCUGAAUCAGUUGAAACCAGCUGGAUUUGAUUUGUACCAGACAUUUUAUGAGAAUGGUCAUGUGAGAGUGAAACCAAACACGAACUUAGAAAAAGUAAAAAGCAUAGUGGAUAGUAAUCAUGCUCUCUUCUCAAAAAAUGAAGAUGAUAUUGAAAAUGCCCAGGAUGCAUUAGAAAUGCUUGGUGAACCAGAGGACGCAUGGGCAAGUUUAUGUCCAGAAACAGAAUUAAAUCGAAGAGAAUGUUUGAAUGAAAAAUUAAGGAAUGAUCAGGAGAAUACAGAAUCAGAGGUCACACAUGAAAUUGAGAGUAGUGGUUCUGAAGAUGCUGUAUAUCAUUUAAGGGAAACUCAAAGCACUAGAAAAGAGAUGCUUCCUUUACUGUGCAGUUUGAAUGACAAACAGAGGCUGAUUUUUUAUGCUGUUCAUGAGUGGUGUGUAAAGAAAAUGUCUGGAGAGAACGUAAAACCUAUGCACAUUUUCAUAACUGGAGGAGCAGGGACAGGAAAAAGCCAUCUGAUUAAGACAAUACACUAUGAAGCAUCUCGUCUCUUUGAAAAAAGACUGCCAUCUCCAAAUGCACUAUCGGUGAUUCUCACAGCUUUCACAGGAACAGCAGCAUUCAAUAUUGGAGGUAAUACCAUUCAUCAUGUGUUUUCUUUAACAAAAGCCUUACCAAUUCCAUAUCAACCCCUGAAGGAACAAAGUUUGAGUGGGAUAAGAACCAGAUUAGAACAUUUGCAGAUUCUGGUCAUUGAUGAGGUUUCCAUGGUGUACAAAAGACUUUUGUAUUACAUUCAUGAACGACUUGUCCAGAUAAAAAAAUGUAAAGAACCAUUUGGUGGCGUGUCUGUGAUAGCAGUUGGAGAUUUUUAUCAACUUCCACCUGUUAAACAACGAAAAGACGAGAGGCUGUAUAAAGAAAAUGGUUCAUAUCCAACUGACUACUGGUUAGAUCUUUUUAAAAUUGUAGAAUUGGACGAAAUAAUGCGACAACGAGAAGAUAAAGCAUUUGCAACUGUUUUGAAUUCAUUGCGUAUUCGAACAUGUGAAGAACCAUUAUCAGAUGAAGCAUUGGAAACACUGCGGGAAUGCAGUAGAGAAGGACCAGAUGAUGUUCUUCAUGUUUAUUCUACAAACCAAGAGGCAAAUGAAUACAAUCUUAAAAUGUUGCAUGGGAUUGGUGAAGAAUUAAUAGAAGUGGAUGCUGAAGAUUACCAGAAAGACAAGACAACAGGGAAAUUAACAUUGCGAGACAAACCUUUGGUUAGUACCCGAGCUGAUGGCCUCUCUGCUUCAUUACUUUUGGCCGUGAAUGCAAGAGUAAUGCUUACACGAAAUGUAAGUGUUGAGGAUGGACUAGUGAAUGGUGCAAUGGGAUAUAUUUCAAAUUUUGUAUUUAAAAGGGAACAGCAUGUAGAGGUAGUUGAAGUCAUUUUUGAUAGUUCAAGUAUUGGUAAAGUACAAGGGAAGAAAACACCAAAAGGGAAUAUUGUCCCAAUUAAAAGAGUGGAGGAAGAGAUGAAUGAGAAAAAUAUAAAGUGUGUUGUCAGGCAUCAAUUUCCACUGAAAUUGUCAUGGGCGUGCACAGCACAUAAAGUUCAAGGCAUGACCACCAAGAGUGUUGUUGUGAAUUUAGAUCGGACUUUCUCUCCAGGUCAAGCAUACGUAGCCAUCAGCCGAGUUACUUCAAAAGAUGGUCUAUUCAUUGAAACAAAUGAUGAACGUGUCCUGCAGAAAAAAAUUUAUGCUGAUUUAGAUGUGAAGUUAGCACUUAAUAAAAUGGAGAGAUUCAAUUUAGAUGUAGAAUGGACAUGCAAUUUAACAAAGUUUGGAAAUUACAAGACAAUUCUUUUGUUUAAUGUACAAAGUUUGAGAGGACACUUUCAGGAGAUGACUUGUAACAACAGGUUGACGAGAGCAGAUUUUAUAUGUUUAACAGAAACCUGGCUGAGAGAACAUGAGAACAUCCAAGAUAUUGAAAUUUCAGGGUUUGACUUUCACCACAUUCCACGGAACCAGUGUUAUGAUGAUAGUGAAAAUGUGAUGACAAGACUAAAAGCAGCUAAAGGUGGUGGGGUUGGAGUGUACAAAAAGAAAAGAAAUGAGACAAUCUUGAUCAAUCCUUUGGAAGACAAGAACAUAGAAGGAUUAAGUGUAGAAAUACAUGAGGAGGAUAUUGCGAUCAUUGUACUCUACCGACCAAGUAUACUGCCUGUAAACAAUUUUCUUGACACAUUGGAAAAUGUGAUGGAUUUUUACAAGAAGCGUUUUAGCAAAUUGAUGAUUAUUGGUGACAUGAAUGAAGAUGCAAAAGUGCAAGGACCCAUUCAAACAUUCUUAGAAUCAAUGGGAUUUAUGCAAUUGGUGCAGUUUUACACAACAGAAGCUGGAACAACAUUAGAUCAUGUUUAUGUCACUGAUUCUCUGAAAGCCUGUGUGCACAAAAAAUCAUUAUUUAUCAGUUAUCAUGAAGCUAUUGAAAUUCAUGUGAGAACUCAUGAAAAUAAAAGUUCAGACUAA